UAUGAAUUUUGAUCCUAGUCACUCAUUUUCUCGGUAUGUGGCCAUUUCCCAAAUAUUCGUAGUACGUAUUGACUUUGGCAACCUUUUCUAAUUUUAAAAUAAAUUCUCGCCUGACAAGGUGGACGUGCAAGUAAUCGCCCUUCUCGAUGGCCUCGACAAGGAAAUCAACAUAUAUACUCUGCGUGUCAAGGCAUGUCCUUUACUUUCCUGCAGACUUGGAUACUGGCCUUGAGCAGGAAUGGUAUGGCUCGCAUUUCCCAGAACCCAUCAAAAUCAUCAUCGACAACAUUGCAUAUGAAAAAGUGAUCGAGCACAUGGGUAUUGCAUUGUGAUCCAUGACAUUCUCUGCAUCAACUCCCUGCAACCCAUCUUCAUCUCCACCUAUCGAACCCAACUCUCAGAAUGUCUCUGGAACCGCAUGGAUGCUGUUUACCGUCCUUAUCUGGGCCCACCUCCUCUCCCACAGGGAGCUCAUGAGUCUCGCCAAGCAGCCAGCGAGUACUGUCCAGAACCUCGGAGCCAAAAAGGCCUUCUUCCGCGCGCUGAAUAACAAGCCUAACAUGCCAUGCGCCUCCCAUCAGCCAGGUGCCCUCGAAAUUAAACUGCAAACGGCGCGUAUGGUCGCUACCAAAGCCGCAUUCUCAAUACGCCUGGAUGUCCUGGUAGAUUCGGACGGGAAAUCGGAGCCUAAAGUGCUGUCAAUAGGACUUGCGCGCUGGGUCAAGCUCGAAUCUCGGUUGCGUGCGAUGCAAUAUGAGGACGGAGCUACCAGCGUGCGGCGGUUUGCCAGGAAGUGGGAAAACAGCAGCAGCGGCACUUUGAUAUGUCGGGACAGACGAAGACAUAUAACACCAAGGCUGAUGAUACGGAUUUCAUGUCGACGCAGCGGAGGGAUCCGAUGGAGAUUGCUGCCAAAGCCGUUUCGGAUGUGGCAAUGAACGGUGAUGAGGAAGAAGAGAAGGAGGACAAGAAGAGGAAGCGGAAGGGAAGUGAGGUUGUCAACGGGCAUGAGGAAAAGUAGGGGACUGAAGAGGGAAAAAAAAAUCACGGAAAAUAGCACGUAAGGUGGAAAAGGCGUUGGCGAAAGAGACAAACGGCGACUCGUCACCGAAGAAAAAGAAAAAGGAAAUCGGAUUAGGCCUUGUUUUCAUGUCAGCGUAUCAUGACUUGGAAGCCAAGGUUGCCGGUCACUGCUUUGCCGGCCUUCCGGUCCCAAGAUCGCGGUGGGGAAAGUCAUGGUCAUUUUGUGUGACGGGCACAAUUACUUCCUCCAACGAGCCAUCAUACCUCGAGGUCAGUAGGAGUAGUUUACUUCUAUUUACCCAAGCUGUAUUAGCAGAGAUGGCCAAUCAAUCCAGUCUUCCAGUC